GAAGGUUGCAGAGCAAAAAAACAAAGUGCCAGACUUGACUAAGCCAGCUUCUGCCCAGUCUUCUGCUACCCAGAGCAGCUCUGCCUCCCCCAGCCCUGGACCCACCCCCUCUGCCUCCCCAUCUCCAGCCACCUCAGGCCCUGGCAGUGCUGCCACCCCAUCACAGGGCGGCAACAAUGCCAAGCGCCUGGCAGUGGCCAACGGACAGCCCACCUCCACCACCAGUUCUUCCUCCACCGCUGGCGGCUCCAGUGUUGCUGGAAACAGCAGUGCAAGUAGCGGAGGCGGAGCUCAGGCGCCUCAGCAGCCACCGCGCUACAUGCCGAGAGAAGUGCCGCCACGAUUCCGCUGCCAGCAGGACCAUAAAGUGCUACUGAAGAGGGGUCAGCCGCCACUGUCCUCCAUGCUGCUGGGAGGGGGGGUGGGAGGAGAUGGCCCCAAUGCAAACAUGGCUGCUGUUUCAGAUUCCGGCACAGCAGCCUCCUCAUUGGCUCUCACCUCAUCAUCAGUUGCUGCUUCUACUACUACUUCUAAUUAUGCAAAUUCCAUGUGGGGGGCAAGCUCAGGCAGCCAGGCCUCCUCUCAGGGCAGGGAGAAGGUGAUUGUUGAUGGCAAUGACCUAGAGGAGUGGCCUAGUAUUGCUGGCAGUGAUGGAGGGAGCAGCGGCAACAACGGAAUGCCUGUGAAUAGCAUUAGUGCCUCUGGCAACCAAUCCUCACCCACUUCCUCGUUCUCUUUGCCCAAUGAAUGUAUGCAGUCGUCCAGCAGUUCAGCGUGGGUGACGGCUGCCUCCCAGGGUCAUCUUGGAGGAGGUAUUGCAGUAACUGCAGCUGGGCCUCUGCUACAACAGUCCUCCUCACUUUCCAAAGCCCCCGCUGUGCCAGGGAGCCAUGAUGCCAGUGGCUCCGUUGAUGGCAGCAGUGGGAUUCCAGGUGCCAACUUCAAUCCAAAUGCCAACCCUUCAGCCUGGCCUGCACUGGUGCAGCAGGAUGGCCCCGCUGCUGUAGGUGAAGGAGGUCAGUCUUCCUUUCACCAUCAGGGCCCUGGCGGGUCUGCCAACAACUCUGCUUCCCUAGGGGCAGCCGGUGUCCUGGGGGGUCACCCAUCUUUAUCUGUGAAUCAAUCAAACACCCAUCAGCACCAACUUCACCAAAUGCCAUCCAGAGACAGAGAAAUGGGUGGAGGGAAUUGGGAUAGUAAAUCAGCGGGACCAAAAAUUGCGGGGGGAGAAGGGAUAGGGGGAGGAAUGGACCAUGGUGCGGGAGGAAGUGGGAUGAGUGAAGAGCACAGCCUUGUCUCCUCAUGGAGAGGCCAGCCUUCUUACCCUGCAGCUAACUCCAAAAAGGGUGCCUCAAGGACUGAAGGUUGGGAGAGUGGAGGAACUUGCACGGGGGUAUUUGGAGCUGCAGAAGGGGAUAAUGGGACUUCAGGUUGGGGUUAUCCAAGUUCCACAAGUGGGGUUAAUGUUUGGGGUAGUGCUGGAAAUGGGGGCAACAUGACUCAAACCUCUGGGGUAUCUCAGGGAGGGUGGGGGUUAUCGGGAGAUGGUGGUGAAAGAGGGAUUUCUGGUAGUGAGUGGGGUGGAAACUCUGGUGGGGUUGGUGGACCGAAUCCAGGAGGUGAGGGAAUGAGUGGAGCCUGCAGCAGUAACAGCAGCAGUAGUGGAGGCAGCACAGCAGGGAACCCGCCCACUGCUUCCUCCUCUUCCUCAACAGCCACCACUACUACCAGAGCCUGGGACAAUCAGAAAGGAGAGAGUGAAACGGGAGAAUGGGGUGAGGGUGUAGGAGGACAAGGAGGAUCGUCGUCCAGUGGUGGAAAUUCUAGAAGUGGGGGCGCGCCUAAUAGCAGCCGACCACGUCGGCAGGCAGUUGAUACAGAAGCUGCCUUACAGAGCCUGCUAAAUCGCUCUGAUCUGGAUCCUCGGGUCCUGUCUAACACAGGCUGGGGCCAGACACAGAUCCGCCAAAACACAGAAUGGAACAUUGAUAAACAUGCAGGACAGAGUAAAGGUGGAUCCUCAUCAGCUACAUCAAAACAUCCACCUUCUCUCGGUGGUCCUUCUCAAUAUUCUAGUGGACCUAGGACCUUAAGCACUGAUUCUGUGACUCCAGGGGUCAGCCCUUCCCUGGUUCCAUCCACUGGGUCCUCUGGUGAGGGCUGGGAGAGCAGCAGCAACAGUAGCAGUAGUGGGGCUUCUUUGUCUGGGAGAGCCCCACCACCUAUCGGCCCCAACAUGAGAAAUAUUGGCGUAUCACAAUCUGGGCCAGUGACUCCAACUGGACCUGUUAUAGGGUCAGGGGUAGUGCCAGGCCCUAGCCAACAGGGGAAAGCUACAGGCUGGGGUGGAGGAGGGAUGGGGGCUGGGGAUUGCCAGGAAGCCACAGGUUGGGGUAGUGAUGAAUACAGAGGCAAUAGUAGAGGAGAAAAAGGAGGAUGGGGUGAUCUUGGGAAACAAAGUGACUCUGUGACUGGAUGCUGGGGAAGAAGUCAGGAUGAAAAAGGGACAGGAGGGUGGAAAGACAUGGGUGGGAAUGGCGGGGGUGGGUGGGGAUCAGAACAGAAGGCUGGGGUAGGUAAGAAUUGGGGAGAGCAAGACUCCAAAUUAAACAGUGGUGGAGGAGGGUGGGGAGAUGAGAGGAAGAAUGGAGGAGGGCACUCAGGUGGGGAUUUAAGUGUGGGUGGGUGGGGAGACUGGGGUGAAAGUGCUCCCCGGAGGACCUGGGGGGCAGGGGGUACAGGUGGUGGAGGAAGUGGAGGAGGGGGUAUUGGUGUUGUUGGAGGCAUGGGGUCCAAACCCCAACAAAGUUGGAGUGGAGGAAACAAAAUGCACCAGAUGCCAAACAGCCAGUCGGGCUCCAUCACAGGCCCACAGGCACAACUGCAACAGCAACAAUCACAGCAUCCACAGCUGCACCAAGCAAUGGACCAAGGGGCUAUGCAAGGGGGUGGGGGGAGGAAACUCAUCUCUCAAGCCCAGAAUCAGAACCAAAGCUCAGGCUGGACUUCAGGGCCCAUCCCUGGUGUCCCUGGAGGAGAUGGAAGUGGAUCUGAACCAAGCGGCUGGGAGGAACCCUCGCCGCAGUCCAUAAGCCGGAAGAAUGAAGUAGAUGAUGGAACAUCAGCAUGGGGAGACCCAGAUCAUUACAAACCGGUCAACCUGUGGGAUAAGAACAGUGGUCAUGCAGUCCAGGGCCAGGCCCAGGGCCCGGCCCAGGCCCAGCAGCAGCAACAGCAGCAACAGCAGCAGCAACAGCAACAGCAGGGACCUCCAGUGCAGCAGCAGCCCAGCAGGCAGACUGCAGCACUUGGAGGUAACAGAGACUUCAACACUGGACCUGGGAAGUCUUCCGCUAUGGGUCCAUCAGGCUGGGGGAGCACUUCCCCAACUAGUCCUACAGUAGACAAUGGCACAACAGCUUGGGGGAAGCCUAGUGAUGCUCCGACUGGUUGGGGAGACCCUGAUGAUGCUGGAGGAAAGACAACAUGCUGGGGAAACCCUUCUUCAAAUCCCAUCAAAUCUGGUUCAAAGACUAUGCAAGAUGGCUGGGGGAACAAAGAGAGCCCUGUGGCAGCAUCACGUAACCCAAGCUGGGAGGAUGAGGAGGAAGGUGGCGGCAUGUGGAAUAGUACUGGCUCCCAGGGAAGUGGGUCAUCUUGGGGACAGGGAAGCAAUGGUGGCUGGGGUCAGAGCCACAGUGGGAAGAAGCCCAGCAGUAAGGGCCCAUUGAAAGCUGGUGGAGGAGAGUCAUGGAUGGGCCCCAUUAACAGACAGUUCUCUAACAUGGGGUUGCUGAAUGAUGAUCCCAGUGGCCCAAACAUUGACCCAACUUCAGGUUCUAUCCAGGAGAAGAAAAUAGAGAUGGAUAAAAGAGGCAUGGGAAUGACUGAUUACAAUGGAGACAUGAGGAAGGGAGGAAGAGGAGGAGGUGUGGGGGUGUCUUAUCGUCCUCCUGGUUCCAAAGAGGCAGCACCUGGGGAUGCUGGGGCUUAUUAUGACAAGACAUUGCCUUUGAUCAAUCAGGAUGGGUGCCUUGGGGAGGAGGGUCCUUGCUCUCUGUACUCUCCACCCUCUGUCUACAAGCCCCAUUCCCUCUUCAACCACUCUAUCCCCUUUAGACAAGCUGGUCACAAUAUCUUUGGCAGUAGUGGAGGAAUGGCUCAGUCCAGACAUCAGCCAAGUAUCCCGCAGAUAAACCAGUCACCAGGGAUACGAGCGCAAGUGCCUCAUCAGUUCCUGUCACCUCAGGUGCCAGGCUCUGUGCUGAAGCAGAUGCCCCCUCCCAGUGGAAACAUGGGGGGAGUUGGUGGUGUGGGAGGGGUGGCAGGAGUUGGGGGAGGUGUGUUCCCUCCGCAGCUGUCCCCCCAGCAUAUUGCAAUGCUCAGCAGCAUCUACCCACCCCACAUCCAGUUUCAGCUGGCUUGUCAGCUCCUCCUCCAACAGCAGGUUUGGAUCUGGGGUGAACCUUACAGGUCUGGACCUGGGUGGCUCUGUGGUGGGGGGGCCUGGAGCCAUGAAGGACCUAGGGGGUCAGCAGUCCCGUUUCAAGUGGAUGAUGGAGGGAAACUGUUCUCCAGACACUUCCUCAUCUGA